AUGGCUCAAAAUAUUGAGGGAUCCACCAUCCAUCCUGGAGGUGAUGACUUGACCCCUGGUGGUUUGAAUAACCCAGGUGGUGAAACGGGGACUACUCCUAUUGGAGGUAUGGCUGCUCCAAACGGAGGCGAGCCUAAGACUGCUCCUGUUGAGUCUGCUGCUCCAGCUUAUGCUGAUGGGAGGACUGCGGCUCCUCUGGCUGGCCGUGUAAUGGUUCCAGCCGAAAAGCCAAAAAAGUUUACCAGCAAGGACUUCAAGAGGUGGCAACCAAAGAUGCGCUUCUACUUGACCACCUUGAACCUUGUCAAGUACCUCUACGAGGUGUGCCCUGUUCUGUCACCGGGAGAGCAAGACAGAACGACAAUAGCAGCAGUCCAGUUUUGGAAGGACAAUGAAUAUCUGUGUAGGAACUAUAUCCUUAAUGGAUUAGUUGAUGACCUGUACAAUGUGUACUCCGAAACAUCUUCAGCAAAAGAGCUUUGGGACUCUCUUGAAAAGAAGUACAAAACCGAGGAUGCCGGUACUAAGAAAUUUGUGGCGGCCAAAUUUCUUGACUUCAUGAUGGUGGAUGGCAAGUCUGUUGUCAAUCAACUUGAAGAGUUCCAGCUCAUCUUGCAUGAAGUACAUGCUGAGGGAUUGGUAAUAAAUGAACCAUUCCAAGUGGCGAUAGUCAUCGAGAAGCUACCUCCUAGCUGGACUGAUUUCAAGAAUUACUUGAAACACAAACGUAAGGCGAUGAACAUGGAAGAAUUGAUGGUACGUCUAAGGAUUGAGGAGGACAAUCGGAAGAAGUUUGCACUUUCAAAAGCCUCUAAGGUCCACCUGGUGGAAACUUCCAAGCCUAAACAUGGGAAGAGAGAGGGAGCCCUAAACCAAAGGGAAGCCGAAAGAGAAAACCAACAAGUUCCAGGAAACACCAAAGAUUGGUGGAUGGACACAGGUGCAACAAAACACAUUUGCGUCGAUAAGGAGCUCUUCUCAACAUAUGAGAAGAAAGAUGAUGGUGAGAAGGUUUAUAUGGCUAACUCUGCUCCAGCCACCAUUGAAGGAAUCGAAAAGGUGAUCCUGAAGUUCACUUCCGAUAGAAGCUUGAGCUGCUAA